AUGAAUGCAAUUCCUGGAGAGCCACAUACUCCUGGAGCGUUAGAUACCUUUCCUGAUCCUCUUCCCCCUCUUGAUGGCUCCUCGCCCUUGAAGCAUCGGACGCUAAACUAUCGACUAUUGCCGCAAAACGCUUUGGGAUCCGCUCCCCCUCUACCUUUAAAUGAGUGGAGGCUCGGCAAACCUCUUCAGGAUGGCUUCUUUGCGGACUACUUCAAACAGCCAUGCCAAUUCACCCGGCCACCCAUCGAUACUUCUGAGAGUUUAGAUUCUGUGCUACAAGAUGCAGAGAAGCAGAAUCGCAAGCGCCUUAAUGGUUCCACCAUUGUUAUCUAUGAUAUCUUCAUUGCUCGUGUUCUGGAGCCCCUUAUUAGACAGAUAGAGUCUAGGGAGAACAAGAAGUUGGACCAGAUGAGGAUGGUCUGGAAGAAGGUUCAAUUACUUCAUGCACAAUUCGAUGUUUUGCGGCGCAACCUGGAGACAACUCCCGGUGUUCUUGUCAAGAAUGAUCAAACCGUUGUCCCGGCUAGGUCAGGCCUACUUCUGCAACCAAGCGAAUGGAAUACGAUUCUCACCACGAUUGCUUGCGCAUAUCGGCUCAUGACCUUCUUCCCAGGCCGAUUCACAGAAUCUCCUGCGGACGUCAGCAACACUAUUUGGGGACACAGCCGAAACAACUGGCAAGUGGCGCUCUGUGUUAUUGAUCAUUUUAGAUUUCGACGAAGGAAAAGUAAAGUACCCCGGGCACGCAAUUUCUGGCCAUUGAGAGCAGCACAAUGGUUCGGCUAUGAUUCAGACCCUGAAGUCGAGUUCGUACGCCUGUACGCACGCCGGAUGAUCGAUGAUAAGCGUUUUGAGCUGUCGAAUAUGUGCCCAAGUGUUACCCAAUACUCUGGCGUAGGCUUGGGCGAGAUGGCCGACUUACACGACAUCAAUCGGGUGCUUGGAUUUUAUCCAGCUAGCAAUCCAUCAAAUCAAGCCAUCUCAUGGCGCAUUUGUGAGCGAGUCUCAGAAAUCCUCCAGAUGUUUGGUCCCAGCAUCGAUAUCGAGGAAGAUAUUAAAAAAAGACCAAACGGGUUCUUGUUUCGCCCUUUGCAAGAAAACAAUGCAACCGUGAUGGAAUGGCUCUUUUCUAGCGCUGGGAUUCAAUACGAUGGCUACUUGGAAGCUGAAUUCCGCGGAUUGGGGUGUAUUCAUCAGUUGAACGCCGUCACGGAAACUGGUAUCGCCCGUACAGUGUUGGAUGUCGACAAUAAGCGGGAUGCUGAUUCAACAUCUAAAACCAUGCGAAGAACACUUCAGAUGCUGGCGAUCCAACUGUUGACAAACACCGAUAUACAAGAUCGAUCGGAGACUCAUGUUGGAAGCUCAACCCCACAAGUUCAUGUUCGGACAAUUGAGAUGGGAUUAUACGAGGGCAACACGCCUACUACCAUGUACAACUUCAUCAUGGAGCAUAUGUACGGUCAGAUGCCCAAGAAGCAAGACGCAGCACCGCUGCAUGCGAACCGAGGCCGUAUUGGAAAGCCGCCGCCUACUCGCCUUAGCAAUGAAGCACAGAAGAUUCUCACCUUGGCGUCCACGCAUGUCGAUUUUACCAUCUUAUCCAAGGCCAACGUGCGAAACAUCCAGCUCAUUGCGGAGUUUGAUGAGAAGCUAUCUGGGAUGGCUGGAAGAAAUGCAGCUCUACGGCACGAUCGUAGUGGCGGCCUUCAGUGGUACUUCUAUCACACUCGCCCAGAUAGCACAUUUACCAUGCCACUAGUGGGUUACGAGAUGAUGACAAGUAUCUGCUUCAGGUCUCCCAAGAUGGCAUACGUCGCUAGAAAAGCAAUGAGGCUGAAGCAGAAGAAGAAGCGGCUUCUGGAGUCAAAACACUGCACAUUCGCAGGCAGCACACGCAAGAACAGAAAGAUGAAGCACUGGCACUCUUCACAGACCCAACAUCCAAUGUAG